AGAAAACCAACGAACCAAGGAAGAAGUAUCUCCAAACCUAUAUGUGUGUAUAUACAGGACUGCCUACACAAAAUCUUUAUAAACCAACCCACUCCCCAAUACUCGCUGAACAGAAACCCUAAACACAACUCAAUUCAAUUUUGAAGGAAUGGGGAGUGAUACCUGGCAAUCUUCGGAUUCAGCUCUUCUAGAAUCAAUCCGCCACCAUCUCCUUGCUGAUGAUUUCGAAGCUUCAGUGGCGGCCAUGCUUACCAAUCGUACUGAAACCAUUAAUACAGGGGAAAUCAUCAAAGCGGAAACGAGUGAAGAUACUGGGGAGAUGCGUGACAUACAGGGGACAUUAUCAAAGGGAUCGAAUUACAGAGGGGUGAGGAGAAGACCGUGGGGAAAAUACGCGGCGGAGAUCAGAGAUCCAAAGAAGAACGGAGCGAGAGUAUGGCUGGGAACUUAUGAGACGGCGGAGGAUGCGGCGGUGGCUUACGAUCAGGCAGCUUACAAGAUGAGGGGAUCGAAAGCGAAGCUUAAUUUUCCUCAUUUGAUCGGAUCCUGUGAUUAUCAGCCCUUGAGGGUGAGCCCUAAACGCCGGCCGACGGAACCCUCGUCGUGUUUGAACGAUCAGGAUGUAAAGCGUCGAAAAUGAAAGUGUUUGUUUUGUUUUGAAUUUCCGUUGGUUGAAAUAUGCGAAAAAGACUGCACGCCAAAAUCCAGGACGACG